AAGCUGUCACAAACAAAACAAUGGCCGGUUGUAUAUUCUGUAAUAUUGUGGCCGGAAAAUCACCCAACACCAAAAUCGAAGUUGAAACCGAAGAAUAUGUGAUUUUUAAAGAUAUUAAACCAGUAUCGACUUACCAUUAUCUGUGCGUAACUAAACGGCACAUAAGAAGUAUAGAGGCCAUGACCAAAAAGGAUAUACCAUUAGUCAAUCGUAUGGAAGAGGGUUUAAAUGAAUUUUUUAAAUCCCAAAAUAUUGACUUCAGUGAGGCUUUAAUCGGCUUCCAUUUGCCGCCCAAUAUAAGUGUCAAUCAUUUGCAUAUGCACGGUAUAGCACCACAUUCGAAAAUGUCUAGGCAGAACAGUUUUUUGUUUAAAAUUCCUUCGAGUUGGUUUAAAACGGUUGAAGAAACUAGACAGUAUUUGGUAAACAUAUCCUAAAAUUUACAGCUUCCAACGAUAAAUAUAAACAACUUUUUAAAUUAUUGGUCUAAGGUACAAA